AUGCACCGGAACCCUCGCGCCGUCAUCCGCGCCGCCGUCUCCCUCACCCUCCCGGCCGCCGCCGCCGCGGCGGCCCUCCAAACCCUGCCUAAAGCGACGCCCUCGCCCGCGCUUGGAGCGUGGCGGCCACUCCCGGAGGCGGCGCCGUUGGGCAGCGUCAGCCGCCGACGUGCCUUCUCCUCCUCCGCGGCGGACUACGGCAAGGACGUGGACGACGUGAACCGCAAGUUCGCGGAGGCGCGGGAGGAGAUCGAGGCGGCCAUGGAGAGCAAGGAGACGGUCUACUUCAACGAGGAGGCCUCCAUCGCGCGCGACGCCGCCAACGAGGCGCUCGCCGCCUUCGACGCGCUCCUGGCGCGCCUCCCGCCCGCCGACGCCGACGCGCUCCGCCGCUCCAUGGGGCUCAAGAUGGAGCAGCUCAAGGCCGAGCUCAAGCAGCUCGAGGACUAG